AAUAUGGAUAAACCCUGUUAUUUCAUGCAGUUAUGCAUAUUGUUUGGGGCAAGAACUAUAACUCUAGUAAUGUUAAUUCAAGGGCAAUAACUCCACACUUCCUGGUGUUGGAGCGUGCGCGUUAAGCUCUUCCUUUUAUAUUCAACUGUUCCCUGAGUCGGUUACAAAAAAUCAACUAGAGAAAUAAUCAAGUUUUAUCGUAUUAAUCGGCGAGUUUUAUUACUUUAUACCGGCAUAUUAUUUCAAUAUCAUGCUGAGGGUAUGGAACCAAAGGGCAUCUAAGGCGAGAAGCCCAUACGCAGCCGUGCCAAAUGGAACAAAUACAGUUGCCUCGAGUAGUGUAUUGGCACGAGGUCGUCGCGGAAAUCGUCGAGGAGGUCAAGUGAGACAGCCCGUUGCAAACAUCUCCAAUAUUAAUGCUCCUCCGACACAAGCGACUCCUCCAACACCUGCGGCUCCGACGACACCAGCGACACAGGCGUCAACUGAAGCAGGCCAGGGAAUGUCACGGAGCGGGAUGAUUGGGAUGAUUCCUCACAACAUGCCGCCCAUAGUUAACCCCACCCCUGAUGCACCAAGUGCGUUGUCGUCACAUGUUCCCACCAACAUGAAUCAAGGAAUCGACAACAAACCACAGGACGGCAAACCUACAUGUAACUUGUUACAUAAAUUAUGGGAUAUUGGCAGCACUCCAAUCAAUACAUCUAACUUCGAUUCUUUACUGGUAAAUUACCCAAACAAAGAAAUAGCAACAGUUCUAUCAAAUGGGUUUAAAAAUGGGUUUUCACUUCAAUAUACAGGCAUUAGAAAAAAGGUUGAAUUUAAAAACAUGAUAUCUGCGGAGGAACAUGCUGUUGAGUUACAUGAAAAAAUAAAUAAAGAAAUAAAAUUGGGUAGAAUUUUAGGCCCCUUUCCCUGUCCACCUAUUUCAAAUUUGCGGUGUAAUCCUAUUGGUAUCCUCCCCAAAAAGCAAGGAGGGUGGCGUAUGAUUUCUAAUUUAUCACACCCAGUGGGUAAUAGUAUCAAUGAUCACAUUGAUCAGCAAUAUUGUUCAGUGUCGUACUCUACAUUUGAUCAAGCCUUGUCACUGAUUCAGGAGAUGGGGGAGGGUGCAUUAAUGGCCAAAAUGGACAUUUCAAGUGCUUUUAGAUUGUUGCCAGUCUGUCCUGAAGAUUUCUGCUUGCUAGGUUUCAAGUUUUUAAAUUCAUAUUAUGUGGACAAAUGCUUGCCAAUGGGUUGCUCAAUUUCAUGUUCAUUAUUUGAGAUGUUCUCUUCCUUCCUUCACUGGGAGCUGCAGCAAAGGUCAAAUUCAAGGGGGAUCAUUCAUUAUUUAGAUGAUUUUUUAUUUAUAGGUAGAGCAAACACAGCUGAUUGUACGAUGUUAAUGGCUCAUAUGAUAAAGUUAUCUGAAAUUUUAGGGAUCCCAUUAGCUCCAGAAAAAACAGAAGGUCCAUGUACAUCUAUUUGUUUCUUAGGAUUAGGCAUUGACACAGUUUCAAGAACUAUUUUCAUUCCAAAAAAUAAAGUUACUGAACUUUUGGAAAAAAUUAAUGAUGCUUUAAGUUGUAAAAAGGUCACCGUUAAAAAAUUACAGUCAUUAGCAGGGUCACUAGCAUUUGUGGUUAAAGCUUUGCCCUCAGGAAGAGCAUUUUGUCGUCGUGUAUAUGCGGCUUUAGCAGGAGGUAAAAAAUCUUUCCAUUUUAUAAGAAUUUCAAAAGAAAUCAGAUUGGAUUUAGAAAUGUGGGUAGAAUUUCUUACAAAGUUUAAUGGAUUAACCCCUUUUCCAUCUUUGACAUGGCAAGAUGAUGAGACACUCAAAUUUUAUACAGAUAGCUCAGGUUCAAAAGGUUGUGGGGUUAUAUUUGGCAGUCAGUGGUGUUAUUUGGCUUGGCCUUCACAUUGGUUUUAUGAGACAACAAAAGAUAUUACUUUUCUUGAGCUUGUGCCUAUUGUUUUGGGAGUUUUUAUUUGGGCAGAACAACUCUAUGCAAAAAAGUUAUUGUUGCAUAUUGACAAUCUCUCAUUAGUUCAUAUUAUUAAUCAAAAGUCUUCAAAAAAUAACUGGGUCAUGGUUUUGAUUCGAGCGUUGGUAUUGUAUACCCUUAGUUAUAAUAUCCAGGUUAGAGCUAUACAUGUUCCGGGAAAAAAUAACAAUAUAGCAGAUGCUAUUUCUCGCUUUCAGUGGUCAAGAUUCCGACAGUUGGCUCCUACAGCAGACAAUUUUCCAUGUCAAAUUCCUGCUCCAUUUUGGGAGAUUAUUCAUCAACUAUAGAUCAACUGUUAGAAGCCAGUAUAUCUGAAAACUCAAAUUCAGUUUGGAUCAUUGGCUCAUCUAUUAUUCAUUGGGCACAGAAAUAUGCAGAGACCACAAAUCAGUUAAACCUUGGAUUAAACCACUUUACCAUUAAUUGGAAUGGUAGAAGGGGAAUGGUUUGGGAGUACUUGU